AGCCUAUAAUUUAGAAUAAAAUGCAUAUUUUAAUAAUUGCAGCUUUAGUUUUUUUUAACAUCUGCAGCGGGUCAGAUAUUGAUGAUAUAGGAGGGCCAUGUCUACUUUCUGAAUCUCAUGCAGAGUGUUACCGGGUCUUCACUGGAUGCCGAAAAGAGUCAAAUUCUUAUAGUGAUCGACAAAAAUGUCUAAAAGAAUUUGACGAGUGCGUUGAUGGGCCCUGUCCAGUUAAAUGUGAAGAACAUUAUUCUGAAUGCCGAGCAAAAUCAACUUCGAUACCAACUACGUUUCGUUGCAUUGAAGACCACGCCAAGUGCGUUAAAGUUUGCAGAAUUAAUACUUUCAACGGUUAAAAAUUUUUGCACUUUAACAAAAUGAAAAAAAAAAAAAUUUUAUUAAGUUUCCAACUGUAAUUUUUAAUAGAAAAACCUAGAAACUAAAAA